CCCAUUCCUAGGCUCACUCGUACCAUUUCGAUUAUUAAACCUCGGGGAUCUUUUUAGUUCUAGACAAGGUUCGUAAUUGUCAUUGUGUGUGGUUAUUUAUAUAUUGAGAGAGAAAGUAGGUGGCUGAUUACUGAGGAUAGCUUAAAUACCUACCUACCUAGGUGUAUAAGAAGUAUCACCACCACUACGAGGUGUAAACAUCGAUUGAAGUACCCGUUGAACGUUCGAUUGUUUCGGUAUUUGUACACGAGCACAACGAUACUCCAAACCUCACUCACCGAAGAAACAAGAGAAACAAAACAGCACAAUGUCUCUCGCACCCAAGUUCGCAGGCCAGAAGCUCUCCUCCAAGGAGUCCAGCUCCAGCAGCGGUUCGGCUUCGAAGCACACGCUCGAGAUAUACCUCGACUACGUCUGCCCCUUCUCGGCGAAAAUCUUCAACACAAUCUACAACGACGCCAGCUUCCGCAACGAUGUCCUGCUAGGCCAGUACGCCGACAAACUCGACGUCAUCUUCCGCCAGCAAAUCCAGCCCUGGCACCCCUCGUCGACCCUCGUCCACGAAUCCGCCUACGCCGUGCUCCGCCUCUCCCCCUCCUCCUUCUACGCCUACUCCGCCCUCCUCUUCGCCCACCAGCGCUCCUUCUUCGACGUCUCCGUCGUCAACGAGACGCGCAACCAGACGUACCGCCGUCUCGCCGCGCUGGCGGGAACCCUCGACGGCGUGGAUGAGGAGGCCGUGUACAAGUUACUUGAGAUCAGCGACAAGCCCGGGGAAGACGGGGCGUUGAAUUCCGGGAAUGGCGUCACGGAUGAUGUGAAGGUGCAGGUUAGGGCGAAUAGGAGGGUGGGUACGCAUGUUACGCCGACGGUUGUGCUCGAUGGGAUUGAGAAGGGGGAGGUUAGUAGUGGGUGGACGCGGGAGCAGUGGGUCGAGUGGUUGGGGAAGAAUGUCGUUUGACUGCACGAUGGGCAGAAGGAGGUGGCGAGGCUGUGAUGGGAAGAUGCGAAGGAGAAGAGUGGAUGUUAGGAGCGAAACCUAGAGGAUGAUUGAUGAACCAUUGGAUUCAAUACAUGACUUAAACUUGUGUACAUGAACAUGAAUUGGAACUGUUCCAUGAAGACCACACCUACCCAUCGAAAAAAUCAUUGAACAAGGAGAAAGAAAAGGCUCAAAGCCACAGACUACUACUUUGUAUACUGUAUGAAAGAGGGAAAUUUAUUUCUCGUUCCGCCUACA